AUGAGUCACCUGCUCAUCUACUUCACCCAGGAGGCACUGUCAGCUGUGAACUUUAUCACUCAAGCACCACUUCGAGCAACUGGAUCAUAUGCAGCAGAUACCACGAUGGGGGCUAAUUCAAGUUCACCUGAGGGCUUAGCAAAUAAUCGAAAUUUGGCAAGACCGCACAAAGAAGAAACUCCUUUCAGACUCCUCACAAUAAGAAUACUGAGAGCCAGGAAUAUCCAGAAGGCAGAUAUUUUUACUGAAUCUGAUUGCUACGUGUGUCUAUCCUUGCCAACUGCUACAAGUGAAAAAGUCCGGACCAUAACUGUUUCCAACAGUAAAAAUCCAGUGUGGAAUCAAUCCUUUUGCUACAGGAUUGACAGCCGUGUAAAGAAUAUUCUGGAGCUAAAAGUCUGUGAUGAAGAUACAUUCACCAAAGAUGACCACCUUUUCACAGUUCUCUUUGAUGUCGGUAAACUGCAAACUGGGCGAACUAGUCGUGUGAACUUCAACUUGAAUCCAGCGACACAGGAAGAGUUGGAGGUAGAGUUCACAUUACAGCCCAUCCCAGAUGAUCCUGAAAACAUCAUUACAAAUGGAACUUUGGUGUCACGAGAAGUUUCAUGUUUGGAAGUUACAGUGGAUAUUGAGAAGCUGAAGGAACAAUACACAGGUGAGGUCAUUGCAUCUUUAACUUAAGGUGAUCUGACAUUAACAAUAAAGGGUUCCUAUGAGGAAACACAGAAGAUUCCACUGGCUCCAGACACCAGACUUAGUAACAGAACUGUCAUUCAGUUCCACUGUAUCAAGAAUCAUCAGUCAAAUUUGGAGAUCAUACUACCUAAGAAGAUGCAGUGGUCAAAGCUGGCUUCAUUUAAAGGAAACUCAGAAAGUAACAUCUCUGUGGUUUUACCUUUGGAUGAGCUUCCCAUAGAAAAGACAAUAACAUUAAGAAAGGACACAACGUUUGAUCUGCAUGUGAAGGCAAAAGACUGGUCAAAGGAUUUAGAUGUCCGCCUGGCCUACGACUUGUGUGCCGAAGAACAAAAUUUCCUUACCAAGAGAAGGAAAUAUGUUGCUACAGCUGUGAAGAAGAUUCUCCAAUUAAAGGAAAAGCUGCAGGAUGAUGAGUUGCCUGUGGUGGCAAUCAUGACAACAGGUGGUGGGACUAGGUCAUUUGCAGCAAUGUAUGGAAGCCUUCUGGGUCUGCAGAAACUGAAUCUCUUAGACUGCAUUACGUAUCUCACAGGCUUGUCUGGCACAACAUGGACUAUGGGAAAUUUGUAUGAAGAUGCUGAUUGGUCCCAGAAAUACCUGGAGGAAGCCAUUCUCAAAGCCCGGAAGCAAGUGACAAAGUCCAAGCUUAACUCCUUUUCCAUGGAUAAACUGAAGUAUUAUUAUAAUGAACUGAAACAAAGAAGCGAAGAAGGACACAACACUUCAUUCAUAGACCUCUGGGGGCUUGUCAUUGAAUCCAUGUUACAUGAUGAGAAAGACAAUAGUACAAUCUCAGGUCAGCGAAUGGCUGUGAAUGAGGGUCAGAAUCCCUUGCCCAUUUAUUUGACUGUCAACCUUAAAGACCAGUACAGUGCUCAAGAUUAUAAAGAGUGGCUGGAGUUCACACCUUACGAAGUGGGGAACUUCAAAUAUGGAGCCUACACCCAUUCAGAAGAUUUUGGUAGUGAGUACUUCAUGGGACGACUGAUGAAGAAGCUUCCAGAAAGUCGAAUCUGCUUCAUGCAAGGAAUGUGGAGCAGCAUAUUUUCCAUGGAUUUCAUGUAUUUCUGGAAUUUGGCUCAUAAUUCUGAAGACUUUUGGAGCAGGUGGACAAAAGACAAAGUAGAAGACAUUGAUGCUUCUCUUUCGCCCUCAGGACCACGAGAUCUGGAAACCCGCAAAAUCACCCCCCAGGGCCAGCUAUCUUAUGGUCUCCGAGAUGUCUUAACAGGACGCCCAACAAUAGCAGAAUAUCCCAAUUUCCUGAAAGGCUUCCAGUUUCAUGAGGAAUACUUGAAGAAUGAGCACUUUUCUGCGUGGAAAGAUACUGUGGUGGAUGAUUACCCUAACCAGCUAAUGGAAACAGCAGAGCAUGCUCUGUCUCUGGUGGAUACUGGAUUUUUCAUCAAUACCAGCUACCCACCCCUUCUGAGACCUGAGAGAAAAGUGGAUCUUAUACUGCAUUUAAAUUACACUGGGGGCUCACAGACCUUGAAUUUGGACCAGUUUUCCACUUAUAUUGCUAAGCUCGGAAUCCCAUUUCCCAACAUGGAGCUCAGUGAGGAAGACAAGAAGAACCUGAAGGAGUGCUAUUGGUUUGAAGAUACAGAUAACGCAGCAGCUCCUAUCGUGCUCUUUUUCCCACUGACAAACGAUACUUUCAGAAAAUACAAAGAACCUGGUGUGGAACGCAGCCCCACAGAUAUGGAAGAAGGCAAUGUGGAUGUCUCUAGCUUUCACUCCCCAUUUGCUACAAGAGAGGUGACCUUUUCAGAGGAGAAUUUUGACAGAUUGGUGAAACUGACUGAAUAUAACAUCCUGAACAAUGAGAACAAGAUUGUCGAAGCCUUGUGUGUAGCUGUGGAGCGGAGAAAAAAGCGGAAAUUAUGAGUACCACUGUGGAGGGUGCUAGGCUGCAA